AUGUCGAUGUCGCAUACACGGAGGCUCUUCAAGACAGAUACAUCACACAACAUUCUCAACACCCUUAAUCUACCUCUCCCACCUGUGGAGAUGGCCAAUGUGGUGAAAGGCCACCUCUCCAGACUGAACUUCCUGCACAAGGCUGAAAUUGUUGAUGGCAUCAAAGUAACACAUUUUCUGGAGGCUAACUACCUCAUUGAUAUGAUCAUUGAUGUUGUGUGGCUACAAGGGCUUUAUGUUGACAUCAACCGCAAGCGACUCGACUGUGUAUCCAGCCUUGCAGGAGCUGCUGUUCACAAUGCCCUCAAGGCAUAUCACAAGGGCAUAUACAAGAAUGUCAACGCAUCCACUGAACAAUUCUACGACAUUUACAGUUCGAUCAUAGUGUUGAUCAAUAGGAUCAGGCUUGAUGAUGUGUCAAGGGAGAGGUACAAAUCUUUGUGCAGAUCAAUCAUCAAGCAUGGAGAGGCAGAUCUUGGGCUCUAG